GCCGGAAGUCGAGUGACGACUCCUUUACCGAAAGCUCGCUGCGCACGGAUUGACGUCCCGCUCAGCCAAUGAGUUACAAACGCCAUCCUCCGGCCCGGCCCCGGCGGGACCGCGCUCAAACCUGCAGCCCCAAGCCUGGCCCAUGGAGGUUGUACUGGGGCAGGUGGAGCAGCUGCCGGCGCUCCUGGCCGUGUCCCGCUCCGCGCUGGUGCGGGACUGGGACUCCCUCACCCUGGAUAGGGCUCUAGAGUGGGCCCGCUAUUUCCAGCACCUCUAUGACCGGUUCCGUGCCCGUCCCCAGCUCCGGGAGGCCCUCGGGCGGCGGCUGCGCCGGUCUCGGCCGUACCCUCUGCUCGGCUUCCCCGCGCUGGGCCGCUGCCCGCAGCUCUUGGGGCUGGCGCUACUGGAGAACCGCGCUUUGCCGCCCGCCGCCUGCCGCCGCCUGCUCCGCAGCCUCCUGCAGCCUCCCGGCGCGGGGACCGGCUGCGAUCCCCGCGGCCUGGAGCUGCUCGCCCGCCGCAAGGCCGCUGCCUGCCUGCUGGCCUUGCCCCGCCGUCCGCUGCGGCGUGCCCCCGGGCCGGAGCCGCAGCUGCAGGCAGAGGCGCAGCUGCUGCUGAGCCGGCUGCGGGAGGAGGCGCAGGAGGUCGGGGAGGCCGCGGGGCAGCAGCGUUGGCUGUGCGGUGUUCUGGAGCAGCUGCCCCAGCCCCGCACCUUCGGCGUCGUGGCGGCGGCGCUGGCUCUGCUCAAGCAGGGGCAUGGCGCUGAGCAGGCCGGAGACAGGGAUCGGCAUGGGAGCGGCAGGCGAGGCGGGUACCAGGAGAUCGCUGCGGGAGACGGGUGCUCCGCCGGGCUCCUGCUUUCCUGGCUGCUGGGCAACCAGGAACGGUUUGCUGCCUUCUGCCUUUGCCUCCCAUGUUCCCAUCUUGCUUUCCUAGCUGGUCACUAUUCCCGGUUAAGCAGAUCUUACUUGGACCUCUUGACCGGCUGGGGAAGUCACUUGGUUUAUGACCCCUUGCAGGGACGGUGGGUUAAAAGUUGCCUUGACAAAGCUAAAUUGUCCUGGGAGGAAUUAAGGGAGCACUUCAGCUGCCUCUGUCAGGGAUCUGCACUGCUUAAAGAACAGACCCAAGCUGCUCUGGAAGUGCUGAGGACACAAGAUGGAGACUUCGAAGUCCGUGGCCUAAGUGUGUGGACUGACUUACUGAUGGAAGUACCAAUACAUGAACACAAAAGCAACAUGAAAACUUACAAAAUCAAGUAAAUCUGGUUAACUUUAUUUGAUGUGAAAGGCAAGACAACUACUCCUCUCUUCAUUGAAAAUCAAAUGUUGUUGUGACUGCUGAUCAUGAUUCUGACUGCAUCUGGUUCUGAAAUCUUUCAGGGAGGCCUGGUGUUUGCUUGUGAUUGUGCUGUCAUUUCUGGUCAACACAGAAAAUUUCUUCCUUUUCAGUACUUGCUGAUUAAUUAUCUAAUAAAAUAAAAUCCAUUCUGCUUCAAA